AUGGCGGCGGCGGGCGUGGGGCCCGGGGGCUACGCGGCCGAGUUCGUGCCUCCCCCGGAGUGCCCGGUCUUCGAGCCCAGCUGGGAGGAGUUCACCGACCCGCUCGGCUUCAUCGGGCGCAUCCGGCCCCUGGCCGAGAAAACGGGCAUCUGCAAAAUCCGCCCGCCCAAGGAUUGGCAACCUCCAUUUGCAUGUGAAGUAAAAACUUUCCGUUUCACUCCCCGAGUCCAGCGCCUAAAUGAACUUGAGGCAAUGACCAGAGUGAGAUUGGACUUCUUAGAUCAAUUGGCAAAGUUUUGGGAACUUCAAGGUUCUACUUUGAAGAUCCCUGUGGUGGAGAGAAAAAUUCUGGAUUUGUAUGCUUUGAGCAAGGUCGUUGCCAGCAAAGGAGGUUUUGAAUUAGUCACCAAAGAGAAGAAAUGGUCUAAAGUGGGGAGUCGCUUGGGAUAUCUGCCAGGAAAAGGAACUGGAUCUCUUUUGAAGUCACACUAUGAAAGAAUUCUCUACCCAUAUGAGCUUUUCCAAUCUGGUGUCAGCCUUAUGGGUGUACAGAUGUCUGAUUUAGAUCUUAAGGAAAAAGUGGAGGCUGACGCUCCUAGCACUGAUAUUCAGACUUCCCCGGAGCCAGGCACAAGAAUGAAUAUUCUACCAAAGAGAACAAGACGUGUCAAGUCUCAGUCAGACUCUGGAGAAGUAAAUAGAAACACAGAACUGAAGAAACUUCAGAUUUUUGGGGCUGGACCCAAAGUUGUGGGCCUGGCGAUGGGAACAAAAGAUAAAGAAGAUGAGGUCACCCGAAGACGAAAAGUUACCAACAGGUCAGACGCAUUUAACAUGCAAAUGAGACAACGGAAAGGAACUCUCUCUGUUAACUUUGUUGAUCUCUAUGUUUGUAUGUUUUGUGGUCGGGGAAACAAUGAGGAUAAAUUGCUUUUAUGUGAUGGAUGUGAUGACAGCUAUCAUACAUUUUGUCUAAUUCCACCACUACCUGAUGUGCCCAAAGGAGACUGGAGGUGUCCUAAGUGUGUUGCUGAGGAAUGUAACAAGCCCCGAGAAGCCUUUGGAUUUGAACAAGCGAUACGAGAGUAUACACUUCAGAGCUUUGGAGAGAUGGCAGAUAAUUUUAAGUCUGAUUAUUUCAAUAUGCCAGUUCAUAUGGUUCCUACAGAACUAGUAGAAAAGGAAUUUUGGCGGCUCGUGAGCAGUAUUGAAGAAGAUGUUAUUGUAGAGUAUGGAGCUGAUAUCUCCUCAAAAGACUUUGGAAGUGGAUUUCCUAUAAAGGAUGGUCAGAGAAAGAUGUUGCCAGAAGAAGAGGAAUAUGCACUUUCUGGUUGGAAUUUGAAUAACAUGCCAGUCCUGGAACAAUCUGUCCUUGCACAUAUUAAUGUGGACAUUUCUGGUAUGAAGGUACCAUGGCUGUAUGUGGGAAUGUGUUUUUCUUCUUUUUGCUGGCACAUUGAAGAUCACUGGAGUUAUUCCAUUAACUAUUUGCACUGGGGAGAGCCAAAGACAUGGUAUGGUGUGCCAUCUCAUGCUGCAGAACAACUGGAGGAGGUGAUGAGGGAGCUGGCUCCUGAGUUAUUUGAAUCCCAGCCUGAUCUCCUACAUCAGUUAGUCACCAUCAUGAACCCCAAUGUGCUAAUGGAGCAUGGUGUGCCUGUGUACAGGACUAAUCAGUGUGCUGGAGAGUUUGUUGUGACAUUUCCUCGUGCCUAUCACUCUGGAUUUAACCAGGGCUACAACUUUGCUGAAGCUGUGAACUUCUGUACUGCUGACUGGCUGCCCAUUGGACGUCAGUGUGUAAAUCAUUACCGACGACUGAGGCGCCAUUGUGUCUUCUCACAUGAGGAACUCAUUUUCAAGAUGGCAGCAGAUCCAGAAUGUUUAGAUGUGGGGCUGGCUGCUAUGGUCUGCAAAGAGUUAACUCUCAUGACUGAAGAAGAAUCACGUUUAAGGGAGUCUGUUGUGCAAAUGGGUGUUGUGAUGUCAGAAGAAGAGGUGUUUGAACUUGUUCCUGAUGAUGAGCGGCAGUGUUCGGCAUGCAGAACCACGUGUUUUCUCUCUGCGCUCACGUGCUCCUGUAAUCCGGAGCGACUCGUAUGUCUCUACCAUCCAACUGACCUCUGUCCCUGUCCCAUGCAGAAGAAAUGUCUUAGAUACCGCUAUCCAUUAGAAGAUCUCCCUUCUCUUCUUUAUGGUGUUAAAGUCAGGGCACAAUCCUAUGACACUUGGGUCAGCCGUGUUACAGAAGCAUUGUCAGCUAACUUCAACCAUAAGAAAGAUUUGAUUGAAUUAAGAGUAAUGCUGGAAGAUGCUGAGGAUAGAAAAUACCCAGAAAAUGAUCUCUUUCGAAAGCUCAGAGAUGCUGUAAAAGAAGCCGAAACCUGUGCUUCUGUGGCUCAGCUGCUUCUGAGCAAAAAGCAGAAACAGAGGCAGAGCUCAGAUAGUGGGAGGACUCGGACCAAACUGACAGUAGAAGAAUUGAAGGCCUUUGUCCAACAACUUUUUAGUCUUCCGUGUGUCAUCAGCCAGGCUCGACAAGUAAAGAAUCUACUAGAUGAUGUGGAAGAGUUUCAUGAACGUGCUCACGAAGCCAUGAUGGAUGAAACCCCAGAUUCUUCCAAACUCCAGAGGUUGAUAGACAUGGGCUCUAGUCUCUAUGUGGAGCUACCUGAGUUGCCCCGACUAAAGCAAGAGCUGCAGCAGGCUCGGUGGCUAGAUGAAGUAAGAAUGACCCUGUCAGAUCCUCAGCAAGUCACUUUGGAUAUCAUGAAGAAACUGAUUGACUCUGGAGUAGGUUUGGCACCUCAUCAUGCUGUGGAGAAAGCAAUGGCCGAACUACAGGAACUCCUUACGGUCUCUGAACGAUGGGAAGAGAAGGCUAAGGUCUGCCUGCAGGCAAGACCUCGGCACAGUAUGGCAAGUUUAGAAAACAUUGUGAAUGAAGCCAAGAACAUUCCAGCCUUUCUACCCAAUGUGUUGUCCCUAAAAGAAGCCUUACAAAAGGCCCGAGAAUGGACAGCUAAAGUAGAAGCUAUUCAGAGUGGCAACAACUAUGCUUAUUUGGAGCAACUUGAGAGCUUAUCUGCUAAAGGGCGCCCUAUCCCUGUGCGUCUUGACUCAUUGCCUCAAGUGGAAUCACAGGUAGCAGCAGCACGGGCCUGGAGAGAGCGGACUGGUCGUACCUUCCUGAAGAAGAAUUCCAGCCAUACACUGUUACAGGUUCUAAGUCCUCGAACUGAUAUCGGCAUAUAUGGGAGUGGUAAAAACAGGAGGAAAAAAGUAAAAGAACUAAUAGAAAAAGAAAAGGAGAAAGACCUAGACCUUGAGCCUUUGAGUGAUUUAGAGGAAGGACUAGAAGAAACCAGAGAUACAGCCAUGGUGGUGGCAGUUUUCAAGGAACGAGAACAAAAGGAGAUUGAAGCCAUGCAUUCCCUUAGAGCAGCCAACCUAGCCAAGAUGACAGUGGUGGACCGCAUAGAAGAAGUAAAAUUUUGUAUUUGCCGCAAAACAGCCAGUGGGCUUAUGCUGCAGUGUGAGCUUUGCAAAGACUGGUUCCAUAACAGCUGUGUUCCCCUUCCUAAAUCAGGUUCUCAGAAGAAAGGGUCCAGCUGGCAGGCUAAAGAAGUAAAAUUCCUUUGCCCUCUUUGUAUGCGAUCUCGAAGACCCAGACUGGAGACUAUCCUGUCACUCCUGGUAUCCCUUCAGAAGUUGCCUGUAAGGUUGCCUGAGGGAGAGGCAUUGCAGUGUUUGACAGAACGUGCCAUGAGUUGGCAAGAUAGGGCACGCCAGGCACUAGCCACAGAUGAACUGUCCUCUGCCCUGGCCAAACUCUCUGUGUUGAGCCAGCGUAUGGUCGAACAGGCAGCUCGAGAAAAAACAGAAAAGAUCAUCAGUGCAGAACUCCAAAAAGCAGCUGCCAAUCCAGACUUACAGGGACACUUACCUAGUUUUCAGCAGUCUGCUUUUAACCGGAUAGUAAGCAGUGUAUCAUCUUCUCCUCGACAAACAAUGGACUAUGACGAUGAAGAAACCGAUUCGGAUGAAGAUAUUCGGGAGACAUAUGGCUAUGACAUGAAGGACACAGCCAGUGUGAAGUCCUCUAGCAGUCUGGAACCCAAUCUUUUUUGUGAUGAAGAAAUUCCCAUCAAGUCUGAAGAAGUGGUAACUCACAUGUGGACAGCACCUUCGUUCUGUGCAGAACAUGCUUAUUCUUCUGCUUCUAAAAGUUGUUCUCAAGGUUCUAGCACCCCAAGGAAGCAACCUCGGAAGAGCCCUUUGGUUCCUCGAAGUUUGGAACCUCCAGUAUUGGAGUUGUCACCUGGAGCUAAAGCCCAGUUGGAAGAACUCAUGAUGAUUGGAGACCUCUUAGAAGUGUCUUUGGAUGAAACCCAACAUAUAUGGCGGAUUUUGCAAGCCACACACCCACCCUCAGAAGAAAGAUUCCUACAUAUAUUGGAGGAUGACAGCAUGGAGGAGAAACCAUUAAAAAUGAAAGGAAAGGACUCAUCAGAGAAGAAAAGGAAACGGAAACUAGAAAAGGUCGAACAGUUUUUUGGAGAAGGAAAACAGAAGACUAAGGAGCUAAAGAAAAUGGAUAAACCUAAAAAGAAGAAAUUAAAAUUAAAUACAGGCAAAUCAAAGGAGUUGAAUAAACUGGCCAAGAAGCUAGCAAAAGAAGAAGAGCGGAAGAAAAAGAAAGAAAAGGCUGCUGCAGCCAAAGUUGAGAUUGUGAAAGAGAGUACUGAGAAGAAAAGAGAGAGAAAAGUGCUAGAUAUCCCUUCAAAGUAUGACUGGUCAGGAGCAGAAGAAUCUGAUGAUGAGAAUGCUGUAUGUGCAGCACAGAACUGUCAGAGGCCCUGUAAGGACAAGGGAGUUGUAUUUGUAACGAAGAAGAGAAGAAUAAAAAAUAUUAGUUUUAAAAGUGGCCUAUGUGACUGCUUUUCUAAAAAGGUAGACUGGGUGCAGUGUGAUGGUGGCUGUGAUGAAUGGUUUCAUCAAGUUUGUGUCGGUGUAUCCCCAGAAAUGGCUGAAAAUGAAGAUUACAUCUGUAUAAACUGUGCAAAGAAGCAGGGGCCAGAUAGCCCAGGGCAAGCAUCACCUCCUCCCUUCAUAAUGAGCUAUAAACUACCAGUGGAGGAUCUCAAAGAGACCAGUUAGCAAAUGGUCAGCUUGGGACCUGGGAGGAAAUGGACCACACUGAGACCUUAUUCAUUAAGUAGGAUGGUUGAGAUCCACUCAGAAUGCUGUGUGCAAAGAUAAAUGGCCUUCGGAGGAAGUCCUCUUAGUGCUGACUUCUUCUGUGCAUGGAUUGGGUAGGCUACAUUCUCUGUUAACACAUCUGUGUUACGGCUAUUUUUUGUUGUGGUUGUUUUGGUACAGCAGCCAGUAUUUGAACUCUUGUCGUCUCUGAGUAUGGUUUGCUGAGUGAAGAUCAUACUCUUGAUGGAGCUCUCAGGUGGCUGUAUGGCAUUAACACAUGGAUGUGCUAUCAGGCCAUGUAGGAUACGGCUUAUGGCCAGUUGAUACUAGUUAGAAGCUUACAGCACGGGGCAGUAACAUUUGAAGUCACUCAUUGCUUGUAUCUCCAUAGAUGAGAUAGUUGCAGAGGGAUCAGAGCACCACUUUCCUCCCAUGAUCACUGGCAUUUAAUGUCCUCCUGACAUGGCUAGGAGGAACAGGCCAAAGCCAGCCCUGCUCGAUGUCUUGGGAUGUCAGUGUCGUCUGCUUGUGCGCUUAUUUGUACCAAGAAGGAAAUCUCCCCCCAAAGACCCUCACCACCAGGGGCAGAUCCACCUCGCCUUCCUCAGGAGGAGGUUGUAAUCAGGUUCAAAAAUCUGACUAGGCUGGAUUCUGAGAAGAAGAAUUUUCCUUAUUUCAAGGCAAGAAGCCCUUUGGCUUGAGAAGUCUGUCCUGGCUCUGCACUGUCAGGAAGAGCAGGUACGUAGGUCCCAGCUGCUGGAAAGGAGACAACGGCCGCGAGUCAGGACGUCUUACUGAGCUCAGUGACACACGCCUUUGGGGAACCCUUCGUUCACAAGUAUUCCAGACACACCAGUCCGAAGGCAUGGCUGCAGGCAAGACCGCAAACAGCAGCUUUCUGCCUUGCAGCCUUGACCCUUACCUCUGUGGUUUCCAGCCUGGCCCCAGCAGAUGUUACUGAACAGCACCAUAGUUCACUGGAGGAUGCUGGGUUGAAGGUGUCCUCUGUUUUGGUAAACCCAUUUUUAAAAAGAAAGGAAGAAAAAAAGACUUGUUUUUACUUUUUUCUAAAAAUGUCUCUGACUACUGACUGUUUAAUAGAUUAUUUUUCCUUUUUUAAUAUACAAAUAUGAUAUAUUUACUGUUACCAGCAGCAUAUGACAGUUUCAGCAUCAAAAAUCCAUUUGGAGUACAGCCGGGCAUGGUAGCUCAUGCCUUUAAUCCCAGCCCUUGGGAGGCAGAGGUAGGAGGAUCGCUGUGAGUUAGAGGCCACCUUGAGACUCCAUAGUGCAUUCCAGGUCAGCCUGGGCUAGAGCGAGACCCUACCUCGAAAAACAAAAAAAUCCAUUUGGGAGCUUGGUUUUUCUUUUCUGUUUUUUGGUAAGGAAAUCCAGUUCCUUCCUUGUAGUACAAGGUGUUAGCACUCCCUUCUCCAUCCUCGCCUGAACAUACCUUCCAUUUUUUUGUUGUUGUUUUGUUUUGUUAAAAUAGGCAAUUAUAUUUCCUUGGUGUGUUGGGAAACUUGGUCUUACUCUAGUUUGUACUGUUUUGUAUGUUUGAAACUAUGGUGCUGUGUCUUCUCCCUCUUGUGCUCUGUGUCCUCAUUAAGGUAUUAGGUGAACUGUAUGUAAACUCUUAAAAGGGGACUAAUAUUUUUUAAAGGACAAAAAAAAAAAAUUUAAAUAGUGUUUCUCUUCACUAUCCUGUGUCCUUUAUUUUGGUUCAAAAAAUCUGUAGUUUGGCUUAAAUUCAUCAGUUGUCUUGAAAGCAGGGCGUUGGAUGGAUAUAGAAGCAGACUGUAGUUUCCUCUUCCCUUUUUUACCCCAGUCUCUUAAAGAAAUGUCUUCUAGUAACUAGAAGUGAAAUGUACUGUCCAGUCACAGUUUGUGUGGGUAUGAGGUUUAACUCAAAAGGCAUCUUAGUAAAAGAAAAGUAAACGCUUUCUUAGAAAA